AUGAUCUACGGCGAAAUUCAAAAGCUUCGCGGUUACGAGCUCCGUCUCCUACGUUGCACCAUCUCUUCACCACCGUCAGAGUCUCCUCCUGUCUCCCAAUCCGAAACACAUCCACACGACUCUCUCAUAAACUCCCUUUUAUCCUCAAUCGAAGCUGGAGACUACCUCAGAGCUCUAGAAUCAGACGCCGCUAAGCUAAUACUAGGAGAUUCCGAGUUGGACCUGGUUGAUUCAGCCGAACGAGUUUACUCCGAGCUUCUCGCGAAGGUCGAAACUUUCGUGGUGAGGGACUCGUCGGAUGAAACCGACAAGGCUCACCGUGCUGUUAUGGUGAUGUGCUUAGCGGUCUCGGCUGCUUUUUGGUUCACUCGUUGCUCUGACUUGCUCGGCAAGUUUUCUAAUCUCCAGCACUUGGUGUUUGCUAGAAUGCUGCUGUUAAAAUUAAAAGAUUUGUUGUUUGAGACAACAUUUGAACUAAGGAGUGUUUCAUGGUGGAUUGUGAGAGUUUUACUUGUUCAUCAAAGAGUUCUACAAGAGCGAUCUUCAUCUUUGUUUGAUAUGCUGCAAGUCUAUAUGACAAAAGCUUUAGACCAUUUUGGAGAUUUGGAAAAAGUUGAAAGCUAUUGGGAUGACAAGUUGCUGGAAGGAGAAGUUUCAUCCAUAACAUCAACCAUCCAUCUUGAAGCAUGUGUGUUGCAAUACAUAUAUGGAGCGAUUGAUCCCUGUCGGUUGCAGCUUGAAUCUGCUAAAGCAGCAUCAAAGCUGGAGCUAUCAGUUAGUGGUGCUUUUGGAUUCCGUACUAUUCAUCAAGUAGAGCCAAAGGCACAAAUGGUAUUGAUAGCGAAUACUAGCUCAUCCAAUGGGGACGUGAGGCUGGCGUCUGAAAAAGCUGAUGUUGGAUCUUAUUAUGAAGCUUGGGGAGGUGAAGCUCCUGAAGUAUUCAUGACUCCUAAACUAGUGAACGAUGAGAGUGAAGCUGGCAAAGAUUCUGUGACCUUAAAACCUGUCGAACAGGCAAUGAUUUUGGCUCAGUGCCUUUUAAUUGAGAAGAGUAGUCGCAAUGAUGAGAUGCAAAGAUGGGAUAUGGCUCCCUAUGUUGAGGCAAUUGAUUCUCAAAAGUCAACGUAUUUUAUUCUGCGGUGUUUGUGUGACUUACUACGUGUUCGAUGGGAAUCUACUCGGAGUCGCACAAAGGGACGCGCCCUGGAGAUGAUGGAUAAAUUGGUUGAAUCUAUCAACAAGAGCGAGCCUGGAGUAUCAGAAAGGAUCCCUUUAUGCUUUGCAGUCCAUCUUCCUACCAUUCCUGCUUUGAGAAAGGAAUACGGUGAGCUUCUGGUGAGUUGUGGUUUGGUUGGGGAAGCAAUCACUAUAUUUGAGAGCUUGGAGUUGUGGGAUAAUCUAAUUCACUGCUACUGCUUUCUAGGUAAGAAAUUAGCAGCAGUGGAUCUCAUCAAUGCGCAGCUUUUGGAAAGGCCAAAUGAUCCAAGAUUAUGCGCAUACAAUUGUGGUGAUUUUGAGAAGUCGCAGAUGCUGUGGGAGUCUGCAAUGGCCUUGAAUUCUCUGUACCCGGAUGGUUGGUUUGCUCUUGGUGCUGCUGCAUUGAAGGCAAGGGAUGUUCAGAAAGCACUCGAUGCAUUCACUUUUGCUGUUCAACUUGAUCCUGACAAUGGAGAGGCUUGGAACAACAUUGCUUGUUUGCAUAUGAUUAAAAAGAAGAGCAAAGAAUCAUUCGUUGCUUUCAAAGAAGCGCUUAAGUUCAAGCGAGACAGCUGGCAGAUGUGGGAGAACUUCAGCCAUGUUGCUAUGGAUGUGGGAAAUAUUGAUCAGACCCUUGAAGCUAUACAACAGAUACUGAGAAUGAGCAAAAACAAGAGGAUUGAUGCUGUGUUAUUGGACCGUAUAAUGACAGAGUUAGAAAAUAGAAAUUCAGCAUGUAAGUCUUCAUCUUCAUUGGUUGAAUCAGUAGAAACAGAACCGUGUGCUGCAACACCAGCUGAAACUCAACGUCACUUAGAGUUGCUUGGGAAAAUUAUUCAACAGAUUGUCCGAACCGAAAGUACAUCUGAAAUCUGGGGAUUAUAUGCAAGAUGGAGUAGAAUCAAAGGAGAUCUUAUGGUAUGCAGUGAGGCACUGUUGAAACAAGUGCGAUCAUAUCAGGGAUCAGAAGUGUGGAAAGACAAAGAGCGUUUCAAGUUGUUUGCAAAAGCAUCAUUGGAACUUUGCAGAGUCUACAUGGAGAUCUCAGUGUCCUCUGGAAGCAGAAGAGAAAUCUUUAGUGCUGAGAUGCAUUUGAAGAACACAAUCAAACAAGCCACAGUGAGCUUCUCGGAGAGUGUGGAAUUGAAGGAGCUUGAAAGUUGCCUUGAGGAGGUGAGAGAUGUUAUGCAGAAGAGUGAAGAGACUACAAAUACAAAAAACAUGAAAGAAGAAAAGACUUGUCACCUAUAUAUAGAGGUUGCUCUUCUUAGCUAAGAAAAUGCAGACCUCUCGCUAGG